GUAUGUCAGCUGUCGACGGUCACAAAACCGAAGACGCAUCGCCAACACCAUCAUCCACAGGCCGCCAUCGAGAGUGAAUACGAGCGGUCGACAUCGGCAGCUUCGACAUCCGCCUCCACCUCAUCGUCAUCUCCUUCCUUGACAUGGAAGUCCUCUGCUUCCGCUUCCCCUGUCUCUUCAUCCUCCACCUUUUCCGCCGUCUCGGGGUGUUUUCAACUGCCUACUGCCGUCUCCAACGCCGCCUUUGAUCCCUGGACAACACCUACGGGAACCUUCCACUUUGGUUCUGGUAGUGGUGUUGUUGACAGCAGCAGUGCAGGUGUUACCGGACGUAGAGAUGAUGCUGCAACUAACAACGCCCUUUUUCUCCUCCAACAGGACUCCGGUCUCUACUGA